AUGAAAAAAUUGUCAAUUGGCUCGUUUAAGGUAUGGCCGCUCACCAUCAUCUACAUCUGGUUGAUCAUCUUGUUCUCUUCCUUAACGGCCUAUGUGCGUUUUCAGUCGUAUAAUGAAUUGAAAUCUCAAAGUAACAGUGUGGAUUCGAAUUCAGUUGUCGUGGUCCCCUCCCUUCAAUUGGUUCCCAGCAAGUUUUUUCUUUAUCCAUGGACCUUAUUGACUGCCACGCUUGUUCAGACUUCCAUCUUCAGGCUCAUCGUUUCGCUAGUGAUUACUUUCUUCGGUAUCGAGUAUCUCCAAUCCAAUUGGACUGCUGCUAAUAUCGGCUACUCAUCGAAUAAGCGCAUUUUCGAUGAGACAGUUCAUUAUUUGUUUGUUGUCCCCUUGGUCACUAAUAUUCUUUUCGUGUUGCUAAAGAGCUCUUUGGCCGUGCUCGGACUUACUUCCUCGGUCUCGCUAUUUCAUCCUAUCAAUUACGGUAUAUAUUCAGUGGUGAUGAGUUUUGUCGUAGUCAUCAAGCAGCUUUCUCCAGAAUACAAUGUCAAACUUUUCAAGGUGAUCAAAUUCAGACUCAAGCGACUUCCCUUCAUCAUCCUUUCUGUUGCAUUGUUCGUUUCUAUCUUUAUCACAAGUUCGCUUGAUCCUUUCUUCACUCCAUUGUUUAUCAACUUUUAUGUUAGUUGGUGUUACCUUCGUUACUAUCAAAUCAGUUACGUUGGAGAUAUAUUGCCUACUACCGCGGGAUCAACGACUGCCACUACUUCUUCUUCCACAGUGAGAGGUGAUGCUUCUGAUACAUUUGCGUUCAUUCAGUUUUUCCCUGAUAAUUGGCAGAGAUACCUCAAGCCGAUGUCAAGGUUCUUCUAUCACUCCUCGGUGUUUUUAGGUUUGUUCCGUCCGUUCAACGAUGAUGAUAUCGAAUCAAGUAACUUGAGAACCAUUCAAAGGCUCAAUAAAAGCAAUGCUGUUGACGGUGCUAACUCUAAUGACGACUCUGACAGAAGAAAGCGUGUCGCUCUUAAAGUAUUGGAGCAAAGGGUGGCUGACAAGGGAAACCAGGAUACUACACAUUCCACGCAUGACUAG